CCAGUGCGCUGCUGCAGGGUAACAUCUGGAUGUGGUUCCUGGCCCUUUGAAUGCUCGGCUGCCCACAAGUUCCGGGAUCAACCUGUUGAAAACGUAUUGCUGCUGGCGGCUUCCCAGAUGCUUCAGAUAUCUUCAGGGAACUCGACUCUUUACAUAAACUGAGAAAUUAGGUCUGUCUAAUCUUUGGCUGAAAGGUGGACUUUGGGAGUGGCUUCAGUUCUGAGUUAGCAGGGUGUCCAGGGGCCACAGUCGCUGUCAGAGCAGGAUUCUAAGUGAGAGCCUUCAAAUCAUCCAGGAAGAUGGUGGCCCUGUCCCUAAAGAUUUGCGUCCGCCACUGCAACGUGGUGAAGACCAUGCAGUUUGAACCAUCGACAGCAGUGUACGACGCCUGUCGAGUCAUUCGCGAGCGGGUGCCCGAGGCACAAACUGGCCAAGCUUCUGACUAUGGGCUGUUCCUUUCGGAUGAAGAUCCCAGGAAAGGCAUUUGGCUGGAAGCAGGCAGAACACUGGAUUACUACAUGUUGAGAAAUGGGGAUAUUUUGGAAUAUAAAAAGAAACAGAGACCUCAGAAAAUCCGGAUGCUGGAUGGAACUGUGAAAACGGUGAUGGUGGAUGACUCCAAGACCGUUGGGGAACUCCUAGUUACCAUUUGCAGUAGAAUAGGAAUAACCAACUAUGAAGAAUACUCUUUAAUCCAAGAAACUAUGGAAGAAAAGAAAGAGGAAGGGACAGGUACACUCAAGAAAGACAGGACGCUGUUACGAGAUGAGAGGAAGAUGGAGAAGCUGAAGGCCAAGCUUCACACAGAUGAUGACUUGAACUGGCUCGAUCACAGCCGAACCUUCAGAGAACAAGGAGUCGAUGAAAACGAAACCUUGCUGCUUAGACGGAAGUUCUUUUACUCUGAUCAGAAUGUAGACUCGCGAGACCCUGUGCAGCUGAACUUGCUGUAUGUCCAGGCUCGGGACGACAUCCUGAACGGCUCCCACCCUGUCUCCUUCGAAAAGGCUUGUGAAUUUGGUGGAUUUCAAGCCCAGAUCCAGUUUGGACCUCAUGUGGAUCAUAAGCAUAAACCUGGAUUCUUAGACCUAAAGGAAUUCCUGCCCAAAGAAUAUAUCAAGCAGAGAGGAGCUGAAAAGAGGAUAUUUCAGGAGCACAAGAACUGUGGAGAGAUGAGUGAAAUUGAAGCCAAGGCCAAGUACGUCAAACUCGCCCGGUCCCUGCGGACGUAUGGUGUGUCCUUUUUCCUGGUGAAGGAAAAGAUGAAAGGCAAGAACAAGCUGGUGCCUCGCCUGCUAGGUGUCACCAAGGACUCAGUGAUGCGCGUGGACGAGAAGACCAAGGAAGUGCUGCAGGAGUGGCCACUCACGACAGUCAAGCGCUGGGCGGCCUCGCCCAAGAGCUUCACGCUGGAUUUUGGGGAGUAUCAGGAAAGCUACUAUUCAGUACAAACCACUGAGGGAGAACAAAUAUCCCAGCUGAUUGCAGGCUACAUUGACAUCAUCCUCAAAAAGAAACAAAGUAAAGAUCGAUUUGGAUUAGAGGGCGAUGAGGAGUCAACUAUGUUAGAAGAGUCUGUCUCCCCCAAAAAGUCCACCAUCUUGCAGCAGCAGUUCAACCGGACUGGGAAGGUGGAGCAUGGCUCCGUAGCACUGCCCGCCGUGAUGCGCUCAGGCUCCAGUGGGCCUGAGACCUUCAAUGUGGGCAGCAUGCCCUCGCCGCAGCAGCAGGUCACGGUUGGGCAGAUGCACCGCGGCCACAUGCCCCCUCUGACCUCGGCCCAGCAGGCCCUCAUGGGGACCAUCAACACCAGCAUGCAUGCUGUCCAGCAGGCCCAAGACGACCUCAGUGAGCUCGACUCACUACCACCUCUCGGACAGGAUAUGGCGUCCCGGGUGUGGGUUCAGAACAAAGUGGACGAAUCCAAACAUGAAAUUCACUCUCAGGUUGAUGCCAUCACUGCUGGCACAGCGUCAGUUGUUAACCUCACAGCCGGUGACCCUGCAGAUACCGACUACACAGCAGUGGGUUGUGCAAUCACUACUAUUUCCUCCAACCUGACGGAGAUGUCCAAGGGCGUGAAGCUGUUGGCGGCCUUCAUGGAUGAUGAGGUGGGCAGUGGGGAGGACUUGCUGAGAGCUGCAAGAACCCUCGCUGGGGCAGUGUCGGACUUGCUGAAAGCUGUACAGCCUACUUCUGGAGAGCCUCGACAGACAGUGUUGACUGCUGCUGGAAGUAUCGGACAAGCCAGUGGGGAUCUUCUGAGACAGAUCGGAGAGAAUGAGACCGAUGAGCGGUUCCAAGAUGUUUUAAUGAGUUUGGCCAAAGCUGUUGCUAAUGCUGCUGCCAUGUUGGUGCUGAAGGCGAAGAAUGUUGCUCAAGUGGCCGAGGAUACAGUCCUACAGAACAGGGUGAUUGCUGCUGCCACCCAGUGUGCCCUUUCCACCUCCCAGCUUGUGGCGUGUGCCAAGGUGGUGAGCCCCACCAUCAGCUCCCCUGUGUGCCAGGAGCAGCUGAUUGAGGCGGGCAAGCUCGUGGACCGAUCGGUAGAGAACUGCGUCCGCGCCUGCCAGGCGGCCACCGAUGACAGCGAGCUCCUGAAGCAGGUCAGCGCGGCAGCCAGCGUGGUCAGCCAGGCCCUGCACGACCUCCUGCAGCAUGUGCGACAGUUUGCCAGCCGUGGUGAACCCAUUGGCCGCUACGACCAGGCCACCGACACCAUCAUGUGUGUCACCGAGAGCAUCUUCAGCUCCAUGGGCGACGCUGGGGAAAUGGUGCGCCAGGCCCGGGUCCUGGCCCAAGCCACCUCAGACCUGGUCAACGCCAUGAGGUCAGAUGCAGAAGCUGAAAUUGACAUGGAGAAUUCAAAGAAGCUCCUGGCAGCAGCAAAGCUCUUAGCUGACUCUACUGCUCGAAUGGUGGAAGCUGCAAAGGGGGCUGCGGCCAACCCAGAGAAUGAGGACCAGCAGCAAAGGCUGAGAGAAGCAGCUGAAGGUCUCCGCGUGGCAACAAAUGCCGCCGCCCAGAAUGCUAUUAAGAAAAAGAUCGUCAACCGACUAGAGGUUGCAGCCAAGCAGGCUGCAGCUGCAGCCACACAGACCAUCGCAGCCUCCCAGAACGCUGCCGUUUCCAACAAGAACCCUGCAGCCCAGCAGCAGCUGGUCCAGAGCUGUAAGGCAGUGGCUGAUCAUAUACCUCAGCUGGUCCAGGGGGUGAGAGGGAGCCAAGCACAAGCAGAAGACCUCAGUGCCCAGCUGGCCCUCAUCAUCUCCAGCCAAAACUUCCUCCAGCCUGGAAGCAAGAUGGUGUCCUCUGCCAAAGCUGCAGUGCCCACUGUGAGUGACCAGGCUGCAGCCAUGCAGCUGAGCCAGUGUGCCAAGAACCUUGCUACCAGCUUGGCGGAGCUACGGACCGCCUCGCAGAAGGCCCACGAAGCCUGCGGUCCUAUGGAAAUCGACUCAGCUCUGAGCACUGUGCAGACACUCAAGAAUGAGCUGCAGGAUGCCAAGAUGGCCGCCGCAGAGAGUCAGCUGAAGCCACUGCCAGGGGAGACGCUGGAAAAAUGUGCUCAGGACCUGGGAAGUACCUCUAAAGCAGUGGGCUCCUCCAUGGCACAGCUGCUCACCUGUGCUGCUCAAGGCAAUGAGCACUACACAGGAGUGGCUGCUAGAGAGACAGCCCAAGCUCUGAAAAUACUGGCCCAAGCUGCCCGUGGGGUGGCCGCAUCUACCAGUGACCCCUCAGCUGCGCACGCCAUGUUAGAUUCGGCUCGAGACGUGAUGGAGGGCUCGGCCGUGCUCAUUCAAGAAGCCAAACAGGCCCUGAUUGCACCUGGAGAUGCCGAGAGCCAACAGAGGCUAGCUCAGGUGGCCAAAGCUGUCUCACACUCUUUGAAUAACUGCGUGAAUUGCCUCCCUGGGCAGAAGGAUGUGGAUGUGGCCUUGAAGAGCAUCGGCGAGUCCAGCAAGAAGCUGCUUGUGGACUCGCUACCGCCAAGCACGAAGCCUUUCCAGGAAGCCCAGAGUGAACUGAACCAGGCAGCAGCUGAUCUGAACCAGUCUGCGGGGGAAGUGGUCCAUGCCACCCGGGGCCAGAGUGGGGAGCUGGCUGCCGCCUCUGGAAAGUUCAGUGAUGAUUUUGACGAAUUCCUUGAUGCUGGCAUUGAGAUGGCUGGCCAGGCUCAGACCAAAGAAGACCAAAUCCAAGUGAUAGGAAACCUCAAGAACAUCUCUAUGGCAUCCAGCAAGCUGUUGUUAGCUGCCAAGUCUCUCUCUGUAGAUCCAGGCGCCCCCAAUGCGAAAAACCUCCUGGCAGCAGCGGCAAGAGCCGUGACAGAGAGCAUCAAUCAGCUCAUCACGCUGUGCACGCAGCAAGCUCCUGGCCAGAAGGAGUGUGACAACGCCCUCCGUGAGCUCGAGACUGUGAAGGGGAUGCUGGAUAAUCCUAAUGAACCUGUCAGUGACCUCUCUUACUUUGACUGCAUUGAGAGUGUGAUGGAGAACUCUAAGGUUCUGGGGGAGUCGAUGGCAGGGAUUUCACAGAACGCCAAGACUGGGGACCUCCCUGCUUUUGGGGAGUGUGUAGGGGUUGCAUCCAAGGCUCUCUGUGGGCUGACGGAGGCUGCGGCCCAGGCUGCCUACUUGGUUGGCAUCUCUGAUCCCAACAGCCAGGCAGGCCACCAGGGCCUUGUGGAUCCUAUCCAGUUUGCCAGGGCGAACCAAGCGAUCCAGAUGGCAUGCCAGAACCUGGUGGACCCCGGCAGCAGCCCGUCACAGGUUCUGUCAGCCGCCACGAUUGUCGCCAAGCACACCUCCGCCUUGUGCAACGCCUGCCGCAUCGCCUCCUCUAAGACGGCCAACCCAGUGGCCAAGAGACACUUUGUCCAGUCAGCCAAAGAAGUCGCCAACAGCACCGCCAACCUGGUGAAGACCAUAAAGGCCCUGGAUGGGGAUUUCUCUGAAGACAACCGUAACAAAUGCCGUAUUGCCACCGCGCCCUUGAUCGAAGCCGUGGAGAACCUGACGGCAUUCGCAUCAAACCCUGAGUUUGUCAGUGUUCCUGCCCAGAUCAGCUCUGAGGGCUCCCAGGCACAGGAACCGAUCCUGGUCUCUGCCAAGACCAUGCUGGAAAGCUCCUCAUACCUCAUCCGCACUGCCCGCUCCCUGGCCAUCAACCCCAAAGACCCACCCACCUGGUCCGUGCUGGCCGGACAUUCCCACACCGUGUCUGACUCCAUCAAGAGUCUCAUCACAUCCAUCAGAGACAAAGCCCCGGGGCAGAGGGAGUGCGACAUCUCCAUCGAUGGCAUCAACCGAUGCAUCCGGGACAUCGAGCAGGCCUCACUGGCAGCUGUCAGUCAGAGCCUGGCCACAAGGGAUGACAUCUCCGUGGAGGCCCUGCAGGAGCAGCUGACUUCAGUGGUACAGGAGAUCGGACACCUUAUCGACCCCAUCACCACAGCAGCUCGGGGAGAAGCAGCCCAGCUGGGACACAAGGUCACACAGCUGGCGAGCUACUUUGAACCCUUGGUCUUGGCUGCAGUUGGUGUGGCCUCCAAGAUCCUUGACCAUCAGCAGCAGAUGACAGUGCUGGACCAGACCAAGACGCUUGCAGAGUCUGCCCUGCAGAUGUUGUAUGCAGCCAAAGAAGGUGGUGGGAACCCCAAGGCACAGCACACACAUGACGCCAUCAUGGAGGCUGCCCAGCUGAUGAAGGAGGCCGUGGACGACAUCAUGGUGACACUGAACGAGGCAGCCAGCGAAGUGGGGCUGGUGGGAGGCAUGGUGGACGCCAUAGCAGAAGCCAUGAGCAAGCUGGAUGAAGGCUCGCCUCCAGAACCAAAGGGAACAUUUGUUGACUAUCAGACGACUGGGGUUAAAUACUCCAAAGCAAUAGCGGUAACAGCUCAGGAAAUGAUGACUAAGUCGGUUACUAACCCGGAGGAGUUGGGAGGCCUGGCUUCACAAAUGACCAGUGACUAUGGGCACCUGGCUCUCCAGGGCCAGAUGGCAGCAGCUACGGCGGAACCAGAGGAGAUUGGAUUUCAGAUCCGCACUCGGGUGCAGGACCUGGGCCACGGCUGUAUCUUCCUGGUCCAGAAGGCAGGGGCUCUCCAGGUUUGUCCCACGGACAGCUACACCAAGAGGGAGCUGAUUGAGUGUGCCCGUGCCGUCACCGAGAAGGUGUCCUUGGUGCUGUCUGCUCUCCAGGCUGGGAACAAGGGGACCCAGGCAUGUAUCACCGCCGCCUCUGCCGUGUCUGGGAUCAUCGCCGACCUGGACACCACCAUCAUGUUUGCAACUGCAGGGACCCUGAACGCGGAGAACAACGAGACCUUCGCAGACCACAGGGAGAAUAUUCUAAAGACAGCCAAAGCCUUGGUUGAAGACACAAAACUGCUGGUAUCCGGGGCUGCAUCCACCCCAGAGAAGCUGGCCCAGGCAGCCCAGUCCUCGGCAGCCACCAUCACCCAGCUCGCCGAGGUGGUCAAGCUGGGAGCAGCCAGCCUGGGCUCAGAUGACCCUGAGACACAGGUAGUCUUGAUCAACGCCAUCAAAGAUGUGGCCAAGGCCCUUUCAGAUCUCAUUGGCGCUACCAAGGGAGCUGCCAGCAAGCCCGCUGAUGACCCCUCCAUGUACCAGCUGAAGGGGGCUGCCAAGGUGAUGGUGACCAAUGUCACCUCCCUCCUCAAAACUGUGAAGGCCGUGGAGGACGAGGCCACCCGAGGCACACGGGCACUGGAGGCCACAAUCGAGUACAUCAAGCAGGAGCUCACGGUGUUCCAGUCAAAGGAGGUACCUGAAAAGACAUCAUCACCUGAAGAAUCGAUAAGGAUGACAAAAGGCAUCACCAUGGCAACAGCCAAGGCUGUGGCAGCCGGGAACUCAUGUAGACAGGAGGACGUGAUAGCCACCGCCAACCUGAGCCGGAAAGCCGUGUCAGACAUGCUGACAGCUUGCAAGCAAGCGUCCUUCCACCCUGAUGUCAGUGAGGAGGUGCGCACCAGAGCCUUGCGGUUCGGGACGGAGUGUACCCUCGGGUACCUGGACCUCCUUGAGCAUGUCUUGGUGAUUCUUCAGAAACCAACCCCAGAGCUCAAGCAUCAGUUGGCUGCUUUCUCCAAGCGAGUCGCUGGAGCGGUGACUGAGCUUAUCCAGGCGGCAGAAGCCAUGAAAGGAACAGAGUGGGUGGACCCAGAAGACCCAACUGUCAUUGCAGAAACAGAAUUACUGGGGGCUGCGGCAUCCAUUGAGGCUGCUGCUAAGAAGUUAGAGCAACUGAAGCCAAGAGCAAAACCAAAACAAGCAGAUGAGACCCUGGAUUUUGAAGAACAGAUCUUGGAAGCCGCUAAAUCGAUUGCUGCUGCCACGAGUGCCCUGGUCAAAUCAGCCUCGGCAGCCCAGAGGGAGCUGGUGGCCCAAGGCAAGGUCGGCUCCAUCCCUGCCAACGCGGCAGACGACGGACAGUGGUCACAGGGGCUGAUUUCUGCCGCCCGGAUGGUGGCAGCAGCAACCAGCAAUCUCUGCGAGGCAGCCAACGCCUCUGUUCAGGGACAUGCCAGCGAGGAGAAGCUCAUCUCAUCCGCCAAGCAGGUCGCAGCUUCCACGGCCCAGCUGCUUGUGGCCUGCAAGGUGAAGGCCGAUCAGGACUCGGAGGCCAUGAGGCGGCUACAGGCGGCAGGAAAUGCCGUGAAAAGAGCCUCAGACAAUCUUGUUCGUGCCGCCCAGAAGGCUGCAUUUGGCAAAGCUGACGAUGAUGAUGUUGUAGUGAAAACAAAAUUUGUAGGGGGCAUUGCUCAGAUCAUUGCUGCCCAGGAGGAAAUGCUCAAGAAAGAACGAGAACUGGAAGAAGCAAGGAAAAAGCUGGCCCAGAUCCGCCAGCAGCAGUAUAAAUUCCUGCCCACGGAGCUAAGGGAAGACGAAGGCUAGAGCCAGAGACAAGAUGGCAAGCCCCAGGGACCAGCCCUACAGGACUGGACAGCAGUGUUCCUGAGAGGCCGGGCACUUGCCUGGAAACAGCCCGCCUCCCCUGGGGCGAGCCUAGAGCCCCAAGCGCCCCUCAUCACUCCUCUGUCCUGUCAGGCACCGGCUGCAUGAUCGUGACAUCACAUGGUACAGUGUCCCACCCAUAGCUCCUCCGCCGCCUCCCCUCACACCUCACAGUAUCUCAGGAGAGAGGGGUGCACAUCUCGUGGACUGUUACCAAAAAAGAGAAGUCAGUAUUACAUCGUUCUCAGACGCUUCUGCUUUUGUUGGUCCUUCUCUAGGCCUGCACCUGGGCCUUUCUGUGACAUCUUGAUAGGAAAAAAGAAGAGUGGCUCGGGGGAAGUCAUCGGUGUUGUGGAUAUUCGUGAUAUUCUCCUCCUUCUCAGGAGAAGAUGGACUUUGGAGCUGGACUUGGUUAAUAAAAGCCAGAAACACGAGCAGCAUGGACUCCAGGGGUGAUGUGGGUCCCCCUCCCGUACCUCGUACCUCGCACUGGCUCACCCCAGAGGGUGAAGGAUUACCACUCCUGUUUGCACAUUCUCUUGCCUCAGUAUGUAAGCUCCUUGUUCCAUCUAGACCCAUCUUGUGUUCUGUGGCCCAGAAAAUUGAAUGAUUAUUUUGUUCCUCCAUAAUCACAAGGGCAGAGGGUGGGCAGGCCUGUCGGGGCUGGGUGAGCAGGGGCUGGAAUAAAGCCUGUGGGCGCCUUACUCUGCAGAGGCUGGUGCAGUUCCUAAAAAUCCACCCGUACGGACCCAUGUUCCCCAAAUGACAGUCAGUGCAAAGCUCCUCCUGAAGCUUUCAAGGUGGGAAUCCAGGUGAAAUAAAGAAAUUCCUCGGUGUCCCCAUCUUCGGGUUCCAUAUCAGCUUCUCUGCUCUCAAAAUGGUCAGAAUUCACAAUUGAAAGGCGUCUGCUUAAAAAUCAUCUGUCCUCUCUGCCAAGGUGGAAGUUGUUUUUCCUGCAUUGUAAUAUUCCUAAAAUCAACGUGAACCUUUAACAAAGUGGUUUUGCUUGUUAUCAAAUAAGUGAACCCAAAAAAAAAAAAACAAGCCCAUUGUGUUGGUUGCAAUUCCUGGUGGCCCUAUAGGACAAAGUAGAACUGCCUCAUAGAGUUUCCAAGGAGCGCCUGAUGGAUGUGAACUGCUAACCUUUUGGUUAGCAGCUGUAUCAGAGUCCAUUAUUUGGAUAUCACAGUCCCAGAUUUUCAUACCUCGUGCCUCCAUCUGCCUUGUUUUCUCUCUUCAGAGCUCACUCCUCAGAAGGCAUUUUAAGACCUUGAAUUUACUUUUAAUCUGAGCCAUUACCUAAGACAGUACAUGAAGGGUUAAUGGCUCAGAGAAUAGUGUCUUUGAAAGAUGAGUUAAUGGAGGUACCUGGUUUUUAAAACUUUGGUUAGACAGUCAUUCUCUACUUCUCUGUACUGAUGUGAUCUCACGUUUCAUAUUUCAUCCACAGUAUCAUUUCAAUAAGAAGCCCUCGUGGCCAGGUGGUUAACCACUCAGCUGCUAACUAAAAGGUCAGUGGUUCAAACCCACCAGCUGUUCGUGGAAGGAGGAUGUGGCAAUCUGCUUCUGUAAAGAUUACAGCCUAGAAAACUCUAUGGGGCAGUUCUACUCUGUUCUGUAGGGUUGCUCUGAUUUGGAAUAGACUCAGUGACAGUGGGUUUUUUGUUUGUUUCAUUUUUAUCAUUUUAAAACUUUACCCAGAGGGAAAAGGUGGUACCUUGGUCCUCAGAAAGUGUCACUCUUAUAUACCUUGCCCAGUGACCCCAUUUUAGCAGAUCCUGGCCCAUGUUAGGGUUUUAAAAUAUUGAACUUCUGACAGUUUCCCAUAUUAGAGUCCUGCAACUGCUAUGCACAAUAGAAUUUUUUUCCAGACAAGUAGAGGAAAUACAGUCUAAAUGCGAAGCAAGUGGAGAGUGUAGAAAGUGGAGUAGGGAGGCCUGACCUCUGGAGAAGAGAGGAGCUGGCGGAGCCCUGGGCACACAGGGAAAAGCUAAUACAGCUCUUCAAGGAGCCCUGGCUGCACUUGGCUGCUAACCCAAAGGUCUGUGGAUCGAACCCACCAGUGGCUCCACAGGAGAAAAGACCUAGGAAACCCCGUGGGGUAGUUCUGUUCCGUCCUGUAGGGUCGCCAGGAGUUGGAAUCGACUUGAGGUCACCUAACAACAACAGCAAUACAACUCUUCAUCCCCACGCUAGCCUGA